CAAAAAGAAAAUAAAGUGCCAGAAGUCAGCGAGACGUGGUCGGUGGGAGUCGAAACUUUGGCCAGACACAACCGGAGCAGCUUUUUGGGAGCUCAAGAGGUGGAGGAGCUGGAAAAAAAUGUGUGUACCCCGAAAAAAGCAGUGAAAGUUGCGUGUUCCCCCUUCAAAAGCAAGGAGUUAAAUAACUAAUUAGUGCUGGAGAUGACAAGGUUCUGAGCUGCCGGAAGUGCAUCCACAAAGGCCAAAUAAAAUCGAAAAAAAGACACAUCAGAAGUAAAAGGAAAACCCCAUUGAAGAGGCAACCACCAACCCCAACCCCCAUUUAUGAUUAUCGUCCUGCUGCUGCUGUUCCAAUCGCUGUGCCUCUACUGCCAACGCCUGGUGCUCUACGUCCACGACCGAUGCUUCCCGAGGAACGUGCGCCUGCUGCAGGAGGUGGCCGAGACGGUGGGCGAUCGUAAGGCACCGCAGCGCCUCGCUGAGCAGCAGUUGGAGCAACAGAAGAGGAGCCAGAAGCGGCGAAUCCUCGAGCCCAUCCUUCCCCUGGUCGGUGGCCUCAACUCCGAGGCGUGUCGCUUUUGUGCCCACAGUCCACAGGGCUAUUGUCGCCACCACUUUCACCUGCAGGAACUGCAGCUGCACAAGCAAAGGGGGUCCGGUGGCGAGCAGGAUUUCCGGCAGAUCAGAAGGAUCAAGCGGGAGCUGAAGCGGACUAUCGGUCAGCAGCAACAGCAUCUUCAGCCGGCGAGGAGCUAUCGUCCCGUGAGACUGAGUUCCAGCUGGAGUACCACUUCGUUGAGCAGCGGAUACGCUUCUCUGAGUAGCUUUGGUACUCAGGACCAGGAAGAAGACUUGUUGGGAGACCAGGAUCAGGAGCUACUGGAAGAGGUUCCUCUGGAGGAGCCAUCACUGGAGCCACAAGGAGAAGUCGAGCAGGUGGAACUGCCACAGGAGGAAAUUGAACAACCCUUGCUCACCACUCACUUGUAGAAAUACUCGUA